CUGAAUUAGAAAUUAUAGCCCAACAAUGUUACGCAAUCAAGCUCGUUUUCUAUUUCGAUGCUCUGCCUCUGUCCACAGUAAUGAAUCAUCGUCGUCGCUCGGCCUGUUGCCUCUGCCUAUCUAAUCAUUCUUGCAAAGUUUUCUAGACCAUAUUUUAGAAUUAGAAUUGGACUUAGAGCUUCUCUCUUGGAAAAUAAUUUCUCUACUUAAUAUAUUAUUAUUCUUGUAAAAUAUGGUUCCUUGUCUUCAUAUUUUGCCUUGCAGUUUAUUACUGCAAUUCUGGUAGCAGCAAAGAAAGAAUUACUCCUUACAAUCUAUCUUGAAAUUUCAGAAGCAGCAGCAAGAAGCAUCACAUAGAGAGGCAGCUGCUGGGAAGAGAAUUCAGAAUCUUAUGCAUCAAUUUCCAUAAAUAUUUUGACGUUUUCUUUGGCGGUGCUUGAUCAUAUCUUCAGUUUCCACCUCCUAAAAUUUUGGUCUUCAUCUAAGUUGCUUUCUUCUAGAUCUCAAUUUAUUAAUAAAAAAUUAAGGGUUUUACCCUGCUCCACACUGUGCAGGUAUUCUGAUUUGUUUUGAUUUUAGAUGGCGGAUUCGUUAGCAAACCCCUCGGUUGUGGGGGCAAAUGGAAUUGACGAAGCAUCACCGGAUUUGUUGAAGAACACGCCGUCUAACAUUGCGAGAUUGGAGGAUGUGAUAGAGCAUUGUAAGGGUCGUCAGAUGUAUCUUGCGCAGACAAGGAGUCCUUCAGAUGGCGGUGAUGUCCGCUGGUACUUUUCCGACGUUCCUUUGGCUGAAAAUGAGUUAGCGGCCUCAUUUCCUCGAACUGAGAUAGUGGGAAAGAGUGACUAUUUUCGUUUUGGGAUGAGGGAUUCUCUUGCGAUAGAGGCAUCUUUCUUGCAGAGAGAAGAAGAGUUGCUGUCUAUUUGGUGGAAAGAGUAUGCUGAAUGCAGUGAAGGUCCAAGAGGAUCGAGUAGUUUUGGCAAGAAGUUGGACAUGGCAGAGGAUUUAUCUUCUUCAAAGGGUUCUCAAUCAGCCCAACUAUAUACAUUUGAAGAAGAGAGGGUUGGUGUCCCUGUAAAGGGAGGGCUCUAUGAGGUGGAUUUAGUUAAGAGACACUGUUUCCCCGUAUACUGGAAUGGAGAAACUCGGCGUGUCCUAAGAGGUCACUGGUUUGCUCGAAAAGGGGGCAUGGAUUGGCUUCCACUCCGUGAAGAUGUAGCUGAACAAUUAGAGAUUGCAUAUCGCAGCCAGGUAUGGCAUCGAAGAAAAUUUCAACCAUCGGGACUUUUUGCAGCUAGAGUUGAUUUGCAAGGCUCUACCCCAGGACUUCAUGCACUUUUUACUGGAGAAGAUGAUACUUGGGAGGCAUGGCUCAAUGUUGAUGCUUCUGGUUUUUCUGGUGUUAUUAGUUUCAGUCGAAAUGGAAUCAAGUUAAGACGUGGUUACUCUGCUUCUCAAUCCCCCAAACCAACCCAGGAUGAAUUACGUCAAAGAAAAGAGGAACAGAUGGACGAUUAUUGUUCUCAGGUUCCUGUUCGACACUUGGUCUUUAUGGUCCAUGGUAUUGGUCAGAGGUUGGAGAAAUCUAAUUUGGUUGAUGAUGUUGGCAACUUUCGCCAUAUCACAGCAAGCCUUGCUGAGCGACACCUGACUUCACAUCAACGACGCAAACAGAGAGUCCUUUUCAUCCCAUGUCAGUGGAGAAAAGGCUUGAAGCUCAGUGGGGAAGCUGCAGUUGACAAAAUCACCCUUGAUGGUGUGCGGGGUUUGCGAGUUAUGCUGAGCGCUACUGCUCAUGAUGUGUUAUACUACAUGAGUCCUAUUUACUGUCAGAGCAUUAUUGACUCGGUUUCAAACCAAUUAAAUAGGCUGUAUUUGAAGUUUCUUAAACGGAAUCCUGGUUAUGAUGGAAAGGUUUCAAUAUAUGGACAUUCCCUGGGAAGCGUCCUCUCAUACGACAUCCUAUGCCAUCAAGAAAAUCUAUCCUCCCUUUUUCCAAUGCAGUGUCUGUAUGAGAAAGACUCAAAAGAUCUAGAAUGUUCUCCUGAUAUGAUUGACCAGUCUUUUAAAUGCAGUUCUUUGGCUAAUCUAGAGAAAAAUGACUCAACUAUGAUGACAAAGGACAUAGUCGAUUGCCUUGGUGAAGAAAUUCUACUCCCAAAUCCAUCUGUAAUAGAAGGACAUGUUGAAGAUAAAUCCUCAGUGUCAACUAAAUUUGAUGUAGCAGCUGAGGACCCUAUGCAGAAAAGUUGCAAGGAGGACGUGCAUCAGUCACUUAAUGAUUUUAGUGGAGCCCAUUGGCUGGAGGAGACUGGGUCUGGGGAAACUAUAGAAGUAGACUUUGUUGUCUCAAACGGUUGUUUGGAGAAAGCUACUGAGGAAGAGAACGAAGAAGCCAGAGAUAGGGAUAAAACAAUCAAAAUGCUUAAAGAGGAGAUCGAUUCCCUAAAAGCAAAAAUUGCAGAGCUGGAAUCAAAUAACUCCGAGGAUAUAGGUGAAAAUAAGGAGAUGCUUAUGCAAAAACCACCUAUGUUGCAGAAGUUUGAUCAAAAGCUGCCACUGAAGCUAGAUGAUGCAACAAAGAGCUAUACCCCCUAUAUUAGAUACACAAAGCUUGAAUUCAAGGUCGACACAUUCUUUGCAGUGGGAUCACCUUUGGGAGUGUUCCUUGCCCUUCGCAAUAUCCGUAUUGGACUUGGCAAAGGGCAAGAUUAUUGGGAUGAGGAGAACAUAUCUGAAGAGAUGCCAGCUUGUCGUCAAAUGUUCAACAUUUUCCAUCCAUUUGAUCCUGUAGCAUAUAGAGUCGAACCACUUGUUUGUAAAGAAUACAUCACUAAACGUCCUGUCAUUAUCCCUUAUCAUAAAGGUGGAAAAAGGCUGCAUAUUGGGUUUCAAGAAUUUACUGAACGUUUAGCUGCUCGUUCUCAUGUAGUAAUGGAUCAUUUCAGUACUGUAAGGGCAAAAGUGCUCACAGCUUGCCAAUCAAGAGACACUGACAACCUAGAAGGAGAAGAGAAUGUAGAAGAAAAAGAAGAGACGUCAUAUGGUUCUCUAAUGAUUGAGAGGUUAACUGGAAGUGAAGGACGGAUAGAUCAUGUACUUCAGGAUAAAACUUUUGAACAUCCGUAUCUACAAGCUAUUGGGUCACAUACAAACUAUUGGAGGGAUUAUGAUACUGCCCUGUUCAUUUUGAAACAUUUGUAUCGAGAUAUACCAGAAGAUCCCAACUUCCUGGGGGAGUCUAUUGAAGGCAGCUUGAAAGAUGAGAAUGCAUCCAUGGGCUGGUCUGAUGAAAGAGAGACUAUUGAUGAAGAACUUCCAUUGACAUUCUCUGACAGAGAUAUGGUGAAAAACUUCUCAAGGAAAGCUAAGAAAUUUAUAAAGAAGCCUUGAAUGGCAACAGAUUUCUUUUCUUGCUGUACACUAGAACCAAAAGUUAGCUGAUCUAGUCAAGAAGUGAUGCUCUGCUCCUUUGUCAUACCGUUACUUUUGCUGUUGCUAUUUGUUCAUCUUCCGGUGAAGCUACCUUCUCUACGUGGGUUGGGUUUUCAAGAAUUAUUGGAAAGAGGUACCGUUUGGAGAAUUUUAUAAGUAUUUCAUCAGGGAUGUUGAUAUGCUGCAGUAGACAUGAAGAUAAUGCUGCUUUUUGCUUUCUGUAUACAUAAAAGGCAAUGCAGAGAUUUGCUCCCAAGUUAUAUAGUUUAGUGAAUUUAGGUGGCGGGUACAAAUGUACAAGUUUCUUAUAGUGCAGAAAGUGCAUGUAAUAUAUAGAUCAAAGAAUCUUGUUGGUCACUAACUUCAACUACUAUAAAUUCUUGAAUUUGCUGAGAAAUUUGUAGUAAGUUCAUCUUCAAUUACUGUGGGAUUUUAUCAUACUGCAACUCAUGAUUUUUUCAUAUAGUUAAACUACAAGUUUAGUAAUUUAUGUUUGCUUAAAA